AAUAUUUACGUCUUUCAGAAACCCUAAAGCCCUAAACCACUCACUAGGUUUUAGCGGCACAAGUUUUCAACCGGUUCUCUUUCCUCCACCCACAAACCCCCAAAUCAAUGGCGUGCACCAUUGAUUUCCGGCGCCUCGACGAAGGAUUUGGUGGAAAAACCGCCAAGCGUAAGCGCGAAGCUCAAUCUCUCGCCUCUGAAACUGCUCAAAAUGAUUCAUCGAUGGAGGUUGACAACCAAAUCGACAAUCCACCAGCAAAAAGAGCUGCCGUUUCAUCCUCAGACGAUCCUAACACGCCAGUUUUUGGGAAGCCAACAUACGACGGAGUAAUCGCGGGUAGAGUUUCCGGCAGAAACUGGAAGCAGCCGAGGAAGCACCGGUCAUCAGCGAUGGGGGUGAGUCGGAAGCCGGCUUCGUUGGAGCAGAAGAAGAGGGACAAAGAGUUGAAGAAAGCGUUUAAAGAGAGGAAGGAUGAGUUGAAGGAAGAGAUUCGGCAGCAUAAGAUUGAGAAGAGGAAGAAGAAAGAGGAGAGAGAAAAGAAGAAGCAAGAGAACAUUUUGAAAUCUGGUACCAAACUUCAGAAGAUUACAAACCCUAAAACUCUUCAGAAGAUUGCUAAAUCUAAGCACCGCAAGCAGCUCAAGGUUGUUUCUGAUGAUCUUCUCAGGAAGUAGAUUAGCUUAUCUGUCUAAUUAAGAAUUGAUAGUCUUUUUUCGUGUAAUUUUUUAAAUUCAUCGAAUUUUGGGUUAAAAUGUACGCUCGUCUCAUAGAAGAUCCUGGGUUGAAAUGCAAAUUUUGUUCUGAAAAA